AUGACCUCCAACACCAACGAUGUUAUUAUAUCUCCUUUCGAGACCGAAAAGGAUUUCAAGCAGGGACAAUAUUGCUUGUCUGAAGCUUUUGGGCGUCAGGCAAAAGAUUCCGUCUGGAUGCUGAUGAACCCCGGGUGGGAUACGGAAGAAGGACAAGCAAAACACGCCAAAAGAUUAAUGGAAAAAUGGCAGUCCGUCACCACCAACAAGGAUGGACAGCCAAAUGCCAUCUAUCUAAAAGCUACCCUUCCCGACCCAGAUCAGCCUGGAGAGAGACGAGUUGUUGGUAUGGCUAUCUGGAGGCAACUAUCCUUCGUAGAAGGCUAUGGCGAUCCUUUCUCCGACGACAUGAGUGCAUCUCUUACCAACUUUGACGAAACGAAACGACGCUUUGCAACUCAAAUGUUCCGCUCGCUUUGGAAGCGCCGCAUUGCGUAUAUGCACGAAGUCAAGGAGUCGGGACGCAACCCGCCUGCCAUUUUUACCUUGGAUAUAUGCGCAGUCGAUCCGGCCUAUCAACGCCGCGGCAUUGCAGCCAAGCUUGUUGAAGUCGGCCUUGCUGAAGCGAAGAAGAGGGGCGAUCUGGAGUGUACGACCGAGGGCAGUGCUAUGGGAAGAGUAGUGUAUCAGAGACUAGGAUUCAAGGACGAAGGGACUGGCGAUAUCCAAUAUGAGGUGGAUGAAGACGCCAACAUGCCGAUUGUCGACAUCCACACCCAUGUUUACCCUCCAAAGUACAUGGAACUUUUGCGCUCGCGCUCUACCGUUCCAUAUGUUCGCACAUUCCCAGACGCCCCGGACUCUGCCCGUCUGAUCAUCUUACCAGGCGAGGAUGACCCCUCAAUGCCGUCCACUUCACGCGGUCGCCCAAUUGGCCAAGAAUACUACGAGAUCAAGGAGAAGAUAGCGUUCAUGGACCUCCACAAGAUUGACAAAUCAGUCAUUUCGCUGGCAAACCCAUGGCUGGACUUUUUACCUGCAGACGAGGCGGGAGAGGCGGCCAAGAAGAUCAACGACGACGUCAACGACCAAUGCGCGCAAUAUCCCGGACGACUGUACUUUUUCGGCACACUCCCUCUAUCUGCAUCGCCCGAGGCCAUAACCGCCGAGAUUGAGAGACUGAGUACUCUCAAGUACGCUCGGGGUGUUAUCAUGGGCACCUCGGGUUUGGGACAAGGACUAGACGAUGCGAAGCUCGACCCUGUCUAUGCAGCGCUCGAGAAGCACCAGCAGCUUAUUUUCCUCCACCCCCACUACGGUCUUCCUGCCUCGGUCUAUGGUCCCCGCGCGAGCGAAUACGGCCAUGUGCUGCCACUGGCACUUGGAUUCCCCCUUGAAACCACCAUUGCAGUUAGCAGGAUGCUCUUGAGCGGAGUCUGGGACCGGUUCACAAAGCUCAGCGUAUUGCUUGCCCAUUCAGGAGGCACACUGCCGUUUUUGGCUGGAAGAAUCGAGUCCUGCAUUUUGCAUGACGGACACUUGAAGAAGCAUGGCAAGAUCCAGAAUAGGAGAGACGUGUGGGACAUACUGAAGACAAACAUCUACCUCGAUGCAGUCAUCUACUCGGAGGUGGGAUUGAAGGCGGCACUAGAUGCUUCGGGAUCAGACAGGCUGCUGUUUGGUACUGAUCACCCAUUCUUCCCACCGCUUGAAGAAGACGCGAAGGAGUGGCACAGUGUCAAUGCCAACUAUGGCGCGAUAUCAAAAGCAUUUUCAACAGAUGAUAAGAAAGCUCAGGAUGUGUUGGGUGGCAACGCAGUCAGGAUACUGCGGCUUGACUGA